GUGCAGGUGUACCGAAUGAAGUGACCGAUGAGUGAGUGUCUGCUUACUUUCCUUUUUUUUUUUUACUUCACUUUCCGGAUAGAACAGCUGAUAAAGUAGCACGAAGAACAUCAAGUGGAAUGUGCUUCCCUGGAGGAGGUGCGACGAAGAGGAGGAGGAGGAGGAGGAAGAGCAGGACGUCAUGUGCAGGAGCUUCCCAUUUUUCUUCUCCAGGAGUGCGUAUCAGGGAGGGGCGGAACUGCACUUCCCCACUUCCAUCCAGGCUGCCGGACCUCCCCAGUCUUCCUCACCGGAGCGCGGACGCUACGCUUGGGGGAAACAUUCCGCAACCUACCGGGGACUUUCCCCAGCUUCCCCUCCAGCUUCUUUCGGAACGAGCUUGAACGUUGGUGCCGCGGUGGAAACAAGACCCUUAAGACCCCUUCCAACACCACCACGAGUACUACCUGGACUACAUUUGGAUUACAAACCGGCUUGGCCGCGACCAUGGCGGCGGCUCGCUGGAUGGUGUUCGGCGCCCUGGCUGCAGCCCUGAACGCCCCCCGGGUGACACAUGGCGUGUGCGUCUACGAGGGAUCGGUCCACGCGGACAAGUCAACGUGGCGACCACAGUCAUGUCGGGAGUGUACGUGCUAUGACAACAUGGUCAUCUGCGCAGCCAUCCAAUGUGCCAACCCACAGUGCGACUUCCAGCGGGGCGAGCGCUUGAGGAUUCCUGCCGAUCAAUGCUGCCCAGAGUGCGUCUCCUCUGUCAAUGACUCGUGCAACUACCAGGGCGUCACUUACGCUCAUGACAGUCAGUGGAGUCCUACGUCUUGUACACUAUGCGAGUGCUCCAGAGGAGUGGCGUCCUGUGCCCCCCACCGCUGCCCCACCCUCAGUUGCCCCGACAACCACAGCCCCUACACCCCGGCUGGAGAAUGCUGCCCGAAAUGCUCUCGCACUGGAGAGUCUUGCUCCUGGCAGGGUUCGGAGUACAGGGACGACGAGGAGUGGCAAUCCAGCCAGUGUUCCAGAUGCGUUUGCCACAGUGGGGACGUCCGAUGCUCGGUGGUUGAGUGUCAGCAAGUGGCCUGCAAACCUAAUGAGAACUUGGUGAUCCAGCCUGGUCACUGCUGUCCUCAGUGCGUCUCCAACCCAUGCUUGUCUGCUGGGAAGCAGUACCAGCACGGUGAACAGUGGCAAAAGGACGCCUGCACCACGUGUGUGUGCGAGCGUGGUCAGUCCAAAUGUCACACACACACCUGCCCGCCUGUCACCUGCGAUAAGGGUGAGACCAAAGUGAGGCGCAGCGGCCAGUGCUGCGACGAGUGCGCCGCCGCGAGAGGAAGCUGCCUGUACCAGGGUAUAGUGCGUUACCACGGCGACAUGUGGAACGGCAGCGACUGCGAGUUCUGCAUGUGCAACCGCGGACAAGUGCUCUGCCACAAGGCCGAGUGCGCACGCCUCCACUGCCCACAGGGAUCAGAGCUGGCUCACCUUUCAGGAAUAUGCUGUCCACGGUGUUCCUUUCAGAAAAUGGCCUGUUUGCAUGAAGGACAAUCCUACAAGGACUUGGCUCGCUGGACCAAUGACAACUGCCGCGAGUGCGAGUGCCACGAUUCGCGCGUGACUUGCUACCUGCCGUCCUGCCCAGCAUGCCCGCCGGGCACCUUGGUCGUCGCCCAUGAGGGACAGUGCUGCCCUCAGUGUCAUCAAGUUCCGUGUGAUUCAGACUGUCAGUCAUGUUCCGGGACUCCUGAUCACUGUGACAGCUGCAAGGACCCGAAGGCCGUCCUCCAUCUUGGCCGCUGUUUGUCCAUCUGUCCUGACAGAUUCUUUCCUGAUGGACAAGAAUGUGCAGCAUGCCCGUCAUCUUGCGCUAUCUGCAGCAACAGGUGGUCCUGCCAGUCGUGCGUCCCCCAGCGGCCCCUGCUGAGUCCCGAGGGCGACCAGUGCCUGGCGACCUGUCCCGCCGGCACUUACCAGGACAACCGCCGAAGACACUGCAGACGUUGUUCCGAGUCGUGUUCCGAGUGCGCCGGUCCAAGCCCACGGGAGUGCACGUCGUGUACGGACCCGGCCGCCCUGCUCAAAGACGGCGAGUGCGUUCCCGACUGCGGCGACGCGUUCUACAGUCAAGAUGGCGUCUGUCACGCUUGCCAUUCGUCCUGCGCCUCCUGCUUCCCCGACAAGCCCGACUGCGCAACCUGUCCGCCGGGCAGCGCGUUGCAUCGUGGGAAAUGCAUGUCGGCUUGUCCCGCUCAACACUACAGCGACCACGGCAGCAGAUGCAGAGGCUGCCACAGCUCGUGUGCCUCAUGCUGGGGUCCGUCGGCGUCUCACUGCACGUUGUGCGCACAGGACCUCCUCCUCCACCAGGGGCAGUGUGUGGAGGUGUGUGGCGAGGGCCUCUACCCGCACGCCCACACCUGUCACAACUGUCACCCGUCGUGCCGCUGGUGCGUGGGCCCUCUGGCUUCAGACUGCCUGCGCUGCGUCAAAGCCGCUGAGGUCCUGGCCCUGCAGUCGCGUGACCUUCUGCCACCGCGUGGGGUCUGCGUGGCGGACUGUCCCGCCCGCACCUACGCCGACCACCAGCACAUCUGCACAGAAUGUCACACAUCCUGCUGGAGGUGCACAGGACCUUCUGUGGACAACUGUAUGUCCUGUCCUUCGCCGUCCAGCCUCCACGAGGGACGAUGUAUGCACACAUGCCCACAAGGAUUCUUUGUAGUGGAUGGCCAUUGUCAAGCCUGCCACCCGUCCUGCCAGACGUGCUCGGGCGCCUCCCAGGCCGACUGCACCUCGUGCCCCCCACUGGCGGACCUGAAUGCCGGCCACUGCCGGACUGGCUGCCAGGAGGGGCGCUUCCUCCAUACCUCCACGGCCCAGUGCCUCAAGUGCAGCCGUGAUUGCCAGCGGUGCACGGCGGACGUCCAAACAGGCGUCGGCAGCAUUUGCCUGUGGUGCAAAGGACCCGGCACUGGCGCCUUGUUGCUCGGCGACCACUGCGUCUCCAGCUGUCCUCGCGACCACUACGGCUGGCACGGAGCUUGCAUGCGAUGUCACCUAUCAUGCGAGGCGUGCAGUGGGGCGGGGCCUCUUGCUUGUACUUCCUGUCACGCCCCCAGCGUUCUGCUGCCUUCCGGGGUCUGUGCCCCCCGGUGCCCACUGGGUUACUACGACAACGGCCACAGGGUCUGCGAAGCGUGCGCACACCAGUGUCUGACAUGCAACGGGCCGGGAACCUGCACUUCCUGCCGCGACCCCACCAAGGUGCUUCUGUUUGGCGAGUGCCAGUACGAAAGCUGCGCCCAGCAGUACUACCUCAACGCCACCACGCACAUCUGCACAGAGUGCGACUGGAGCUGCAACGCCUGCCGAGGCCCCCUGCGCACCGACUGCCUGCAGUGCAUGGACGGGUACGUCCUACGAGACGGCGUCUGCGCCCAAGGGUGCCCGCUGGGAUCCUACCGCGAUGGAGACAGAUGCCUCGGCUGCGAUGACGCCUGCGUGGAGUGUGGCGGUCCCGGGCAGUGCCUGCGAUGCCAGCCCCCUUACGCCACCCUGCGUGGUCAAUGUGUGCUCCAAUGCGGCAGGAACUACUUCCUUGAUGCCGACGCACACUCCUGCCAACCGUGCUCCACCGACUGCGUGCUCUGCAACGGAGUCGGACGUUGCCGAGCUUGUGGACUACAGAGUUUCCUCAUGGAGGGAUACUGCACCCCCGACUGUGGACAUGGUUACUACGCUCAUCAAAAAAGUCGAACCUGCCAUGCAAACAGCAGCCCCCCCUUCCUCCACAUCAACGGUUCCCUGCAGGUUCCUCUCGGUGGUACGGUCCCGCUGACCCCGACUCUUGUGCAAGUGAAGGACCCCGACAGCACGCUCGAUGAUCUCGUCGUCCAGCUCAUUCGGCGACCUACCAACGGCCGUCUGGUCGUCUUCCGAGGGGAGCAGGAGAACAAGGAGGAGGCGGGGCAACGAGAGCUGAGCGACCAAGACACCUUCACAUGGGCACAGUUGGGAAGCGGUCGAGUACACUUUCAACACCACAAGGACAAAGCAAGGACUGGCGAAUUCACUCUGCAAGUGGCCGACCCUCAGCUGUUGUCUCAAGCGGAAACAAUUCAAGUUCAAGCCCUCUCAAUGCAGCCUCCGAGGGUGCUGGUGUUAUCCCCCCUGUCCGUGAAGGGCCCCGGCGGGGCGCAGACCAUCACCAAGUCAACUCUUCUUGUGGACGAUCCCGACAACCCGGCGGACGUCCUGGUGAUGGUUCUGGAGCCUCCUCGUCACGGCCUGCUGACGCGUCUCCACGCCGACCGAUCGCUGAGCCGCUUCAAGCUGGAGGAGCUUUCUCGGGAGCGUGUGCAGUACGUACACGACGGGUCGCGGGAGGCACAGGACCACCUGGUGCUGCAGAUCAACGACGGACACAGCUACCAGAACGUUCUGCUUCAAGUGGACAUCAGCCACAAGGCGGACGACUCGCCUGAGCUGCGGUCUUUCCCGGUAACCUGGGUGAAAGGGGGCGGCAUGGUGAGAAUCAGCAGCAAACACCUGCAGGCCCACUACAAAGGGGUCAGCGCAGACAACAUUGUUUACACCAUCCUGGACUCUGACGGACAGCCCAAAUACGGCGAGGUGGUUCUGGUUUCCAUGCCAGCUGAUGGUCCGCUCGAAGGCUGGAACCCGACGUUGACGGACGAGCGGGGCUUCACCGCCACCAGAUCGUUCACUCAACAGGACGUGGACGACGGCACCGUGUGGUACCGACACUUUGGCAGCGGGACCCCAGCCGACUCCUUCCGCUUCCAGGUGUCUGCAGAGGCAGCUGCCGUCACGCAAAGUGAAGCACAGACGUUCACCAUCGGAGUCUUACCGCAAAUCCCCGGAUUCCCUCAGCUCGACCCAGAAUGUGAUCUCCAAGUCACGGCUCUCGAGGAUCGUGUGACAGCGAUAACACCCUCAGCUCUUUCAUUCGUGGACUCUGAGACCCCCAGUGAUCGUCUCGUCUACAACAUCACCAAACCACUACCGGCUGGCCAAGGCGCCAUCGAGCACCGCGACAGGCCGUACAUGGCGGUCAAAAAUUUCACGCAGGCGGACGUAGACAAUGGCAAGAUCGUCUACAGACCCCCUCAGGCCCCCUCGCACCUGCAGGAGCUCUACCAGUACUCCUUCAUUGGUCUGCCUGAGUCUUUGAGUGUCUUCUUUACAGUGUCCGAUGGCGAGCACACAACUCCCGAGUUAGACUUUGCCAUCCUUCUGCUGUCCAACCACCAGCAGCCUCCAAUGUUCCAGGUUUUAGACCCCCUUGUGGAAGUCAGCAUGGGCGGGCAGGCCCCCGUGGGCGGCCAGCAGCUGGCGGUGAGCGAUGCCGACACAUCCCCAGAUGAGCUGGAAUUCGAGCUGGUGGAGGCUCCGGUCCAUGGGGAGCUGCUGAAAAGCCAGGGCGGCGCCCGAGUCAGGAUGACUAACACCGACAGCUUCACCUUCUCCGACGUCACCCACAACUUACUGCUCUACCGCCAUGCCGGCCUUUCCCGCCACGACGACGCCUUCACCAUCUCGGUCAGCGAUGGCAUCUCCAUGGCGACCGUCGCCGUGCAGGUGGCGGUGCUGGGCGGCGGACCCGGUGGAGACGGGCCCCAGCGGGACCCCGACGCCGCACUUUCCCUGGAGGUGGGCAAGAGGAGCAGCACGGUUGUCAGACGUUCGCAUCUGGCCUACACGGACGACUCGUCGCCGGAUGAGCAGAUCCACAUCCAGCUGGUGUCGGUGCCAAUGUAUGGGAUCUUGACUAGAACUCAGGACCAAAGGGAGCCACAGCAACUGAGGGAAUAUUCCACUUUCUCUAUGGACGACAUCAACCGCGGCACCAUCAGCUACAUCACGUCGUUGGAGACGGGCAACCAACCCGUCACGGAUAUCUUCCACUUUGUCGUCUACGACGGCGACAACAAUCGCCUUGACAACCAGAUGUGCACCAUAACCAUCACCGCCAAUGCCAGACAGCCACCUGCUGUCACCGUGCGCAGUGGAAUCAAGGUCCAGGAGGGCGGUCGUGUGCAACUGUCAACCAAUCACAUUAUCAUAUCUGACCUGGACACACCCGGGAAGAACCUGCUGGUCUGGCUCGUCAGCCCCCCCAGCUACGGAUUUAUUGAAAACACCAAGCAAGCAGGCGGAUCAGUGGGAGGUUCGCGAGCCGUCACGCCCGAGAUGCCGUUCUCCGUGGAGGACCUGACGUCAGACCGCAUUUUCUACGUGCAGCGCGCAGGACAGCCGGCACAGCAAGACACCUUCAGCUUCUAUGUCAGCGAUGGAAAUAGCCAGACGGAGGCCUUUAACGUCAACAUCGAGAUCCAGGGCAAGCGGCAGAGUGAGCCUCUGGUGUCAGUGAGCAGCAUCCACGUGGAGGAAAACUCCGGAGUAGUGGUCACCAACGCAUCGCUCAGCGUCCUGGACCAGGACACGCCGGAGAAUGAGAUUGUGUUCACCGUCAUACAGAAGCCAUCCUAUGGUAAACUCCGCCGACGUCAGUUCUACUCACAGCCACUGGAGAGCGGCCGCGUCCUCUCUCAGGGAUCCACCUUCACCUACCAGGACGUCCUGGAUCGCCUGCUGGUCUACACACCCGAGACGGUCAGCGGUGGCGUGGACGAGUUGGCCUUCAGCGUCACCGACGGCGUCCACACUCAAGCCACCGGACGCCUGCGCUUCACCAUGGACAUCACUCGCAGCGAGGGGCCACGCAUGACCGUCAACAGAGGCCUGCAGCUGCCAGCUGGUUCUUCAUCCAAGAUCACCGAGCAGAACCUGAAGGCCACUGACAUGGAUUCUGACAGCCUGAAGUUGCGAUACAUCAUGACCAAAGACCCUCCGAGCGGCAAAGUCCAGCUGAGCAGUGGGAGAGGCUUUGAGAAAGUUUCUGUCAAGGGUCUCGUGCGCAGUUUCACACAAGAGGAUGUCAACAAAGGUCUGGUGCAGUACAGCCACGAGAAAGGUGAGAAGGGAGGCAGCCAGUCAUUUAAGUUCAACCUGGUGGACCCAGAAGGCAACAAACUCAUUGACCAGUCCUUCUUUGUCAGCGUGCUCGAGGACCGCCUACCACCAUCGGUGGUGGUCAACAAAGGCCUGGUCCUGGAUGAGAACUCUGUGAAGAAAUUGACCACGCUCCAGCUGUCGGCCAGCGACCAGGACAGCGAACCCGGCGAGCUGCUCUACCGCGUCACCAAGCAGAGCAGCCUCGGACACCUGGAGUUUACUGCCAACCCUGGCAUGCGAAUCGACAGUUUCACGCAGGCUGACCUGGCGUCUCGCAGCGUCCAGUACGUUCACACCAGCCAAGAAGAAAAGCACGCCGACCAGUUCUCCUUCACUGUGUCCGAUGGCACCAACGAGGUGGCGCAGACGUUCUACAUCACCAUCAAACCCGUGGACGACUCGCUACCCCUUCUCCAUGUUCCUGGUAUGCGGGUUCAGGAGGGCGUGAGGAAAACCAUCACCGAGUUUGAACUCAAGGCCACUGACGCAGACACAGAGGCCGAGUCCAUCGUGUUCACGGUGGUGCAGCCGCCGCGUCACGGCGCCAUCGAGCGCACAGGUAACGGGCAGCACUAUCGGCCCACCGCCACCUUCACCAUGGACGACAUCUACCAGAACCGUCUCAGCUACAACCACGACGGUUCCAACUCGCUGCAGGACAGGUUCACCUUCACGCUGGCCGACGGCACCAACCUGCUCUUCAUGGUGGAGGACGGCGGCAAGGAGAUUGUGACGGCCGCCCCGCAGAAGUUCAAGAUUGAAAUUCUUCCCGUGGAUGAUGGUACUCCGCGAAUCGUCACCAACCUUGGGCUGCAGUGGCUCGAGUACAUGGACAACAAGGCGACCAAUCUGAUCACUAAAAAGGAGCUGCUGACCGUGGACCCGGACACAGAUGACGAGCAGCUGGUGUACGAGGUCAUCAGUGAGCCUAAGCACGGCUUCCUGGAAAGCAAAACAGCGCCAGGUGGCCGCGUCAGCUCAUUCACGCAAGCGGACAUCAACCUGGGACUGAUUCAUUAUGUGCUGGAUGAGGAGAGCACGCAGGAAACCAUGGACAACUUCCAUUUCCUUGUGAAGGACAGCAAACCCAACGUGGUCAGCGACAACGUCUUCCACAUCCAGUGGUCGCUCAUCAGCUUUGAGCACAAAAGUUACAACGUGUCGGAGAAGGCGGGCACAGUUGCGGUGACGGUGAAGAGGACAGGCAACCUCAACCAAUACGCCAUAGUGCUAUGUCGCACCGAGCAAGGCAGCGCCACUUCCAGCGGCGGCGUGGGAUCGCGACCCGGGCAGCAGGACUACGUGGAAUAUGCCGGACAGGUGCAGUUUGACGAACGUGAGGACGUGAAGGUUUGCACGGUGGCGCUGAAUGACGACUUGGUGUUCGAGGGCGUCGAGAGCUUCCACGUGGAGCUAAGCAUGCCCGUGUAUGCCCUGCUGGGUACGAACACACGUGCCCUCGUGAACGUCAACGACACUGAGGACGAGCCCACGCUGGAGUUUGACCGCAAGACCUUUCAUGUUAACGAAAGCGCCGGCGUCAUACGCGUACCCGUCGAGAGAAAAGGCGACACGUCCAGCAUGGUGUCAGCCCUGUGCCACACUGUGUCCAAGUCGGCCCAGGGCAGCAGCCUUCAUGCUCUGGAGUCGGGCUCCGACUACAAGAGUCGCGGCGACGGGCCCGAGAGCCGCGUGGUGCUCGGGCCCGGCGUCAGCAUGAGCACAUGCGACGUGACCCUGAUCGAUGACAGUGAGUACGAGUUGUCCGAGGAGCUGGAGUUGGUGCUGUCUGAGCCAUCGGACAACGCCCGCAUCGGACGCGUCGCCGUGGCCGAGGUGGUCAUCGACGGGCCCAACGACGCCUCCACCGUCACUCUCGGCAACGACACCUUCAUCUUCGCCGAAGACGCCGGCACCAUUGAAAUUCCAGUGCUGCGCCACGGCAGCGACCUGUCCUCCGUGACGUCAGUUUGGUGCGCCACGCGACCCGCCGACCCCCCCUCGGCUAGCCCAGGCGUGGACUACAUCCCCAGCUCCAAGAAGGUGGAGUUCAAGCCUGGGAGAACUGAGGAGACGUGCAGUCUAACUAUCAUGGACGAUGUCCAGAAUCCGUCCAUCGAGGGCCCAGAGUCCUUCGUGGUCUUCCUGAGUUCCCCACAAGGAGCCGUACUCCAGGAGCCGUACGAGGCCAACGUCGUCAUCACUGACACCUUCCAGGACAUUCCCAGCAUGCAGUUUGAGAAGAGUGCCUACACGGUGAAGGAGAGCGACGGCACCCUGCACCUGCCCGUGGUGCGCACGGGUGACCUGUCCUUCACGUCGUCGGCACACUGCUUCACGCGCACCAUGUCGGCCGCCGUCAUGGACGACUUCCGGGAGCGCCCCAACGUGGACGAAUCGCGCGUCACCUUCCUGCGAGGGGAGAAGGUGAAGAACUGCACUGUUCACGUGAAUGACGACUCGGUGUUCGAGCCCGAAGAAGAGUUCCAGGUUCACCUAGGGACGCCGACAGGAGACCACUGGAGCGGCGCCAUGAUCGGAGAGAGGGACACCGUCACCGUCACCAUCACCAAUGACGAAGACGCUCCCACCAUCGAGCUGGAGCAGGCGUCCUAUCAGGUCCGAGAGCCUCCCGGUCCGGACGGCGUGGAAGUCCUUAAUGUCAAAGUGAUCCGGCGCGGGGAUCUGGACCGAACCUCCAAGAUCCGCUGCAGCACGCGAGAUGGCUCGGCCCAGUCCGGUGUAGACUACAACCCCAAGAGUCGGGUCCUCAAAUUCACCCCUGGCAUGGACCACAUCCUUUUCAAGGUGGAGAUCGUGUCCAAUGAGGACAGGGAGUGGCACGAGUCCUUCUCGUUGGUCCUCGGCCCCGACGACCCGGUGGAGGCGGUGCUGGGCGAGAUCACCACGGCAACCGUCACCAUUUUGGACCAGGAAGCUGCCGGGAGUCUCAUCCUUCCGGCCCCGCCCAUCGUAGUCUCCCUCGCCGACUAUGACCAAGUCCAUGAAGUGACCAAGGAGGGAAGCAAGAAGACGCCCUCGCCAGGUUACCCGCUGGUGUGCGUCACGCCCUGCGAUCCACACUACCCCAAGUACCCACUGAUGAAGGAGCGCUGCGAGGAGGCAGGAAUCAAUCAAACACAGGUGCACUUUUCCUGGGAGGUGGCCUCGCCCACCGACACCAAUGGGGCACGCUCACCCUUCGAGACGGUGACCGACACCACCCCGUUCACAAGCGUCAACCACAUGGUUCUGGACAGCAUCUACUUCAGCCGCCGCUUCCAUGUCCGCUGCGUGGCGCAAGCCCGUGACAAGGCAGGUCACCUGGGAACGCCACUCCGGAGCAACAUCGCCACCGUGGGAACCGAGGGCUCCAUCUGCCACACGCCCGUCACCACCGGGACCGCGCGAGGAUUCCAGGCGCAGUCCUUCAUUGCCACGCUCAAGUACUUGGACGUCAAACAUAAAGAACACCCCAACCGGAUCCACAUCUCGGUGCAGAUCCCCCACCAGGACGGCAUGCUCCCCCUGGUGUCCACCAUGCCGCUUCACAACCUCCACUUCCUGCUGUCCGAGUCCAUCUACCGGCAGCAGCACGUCUGCUCCAACCUGGUCACUCUCAAAGACCUGCAGGGUCUCUCGGAGACGGGUUUCCUGGACGACGUGUCCUACGACAGUAUCUCCCUGGGUCCGGGCUACGACCGGCCGUACCAGUUCAACCCCAACGUGCGUGAGGCCAGAAGCAUCCAGUUGUACAAGCACCUAAAUCUCAAGAGCUGCAUCUGGACAUUCGAUGCCUACUACGACAUGACGGAGCUCAUUGACGUCUGCGGCGGCUCCGUCACCGCCGACUUUCAGGUUCGGGACUCUGCUCAGUCCUUCCUCACAGUUCAGGUUCCGCUCUAUGUGUCCUACAUCUACGUGACGGCUCCACGAGGUUGGGCUUCUCUGGAGCAUCACACCGAGAUGGAGUUCUCCUUCUUCUAUGACACCGUGCUUUGGAGGACAGGCAUCCAGACUGACAGCGUUCUCUCCGCCAGACUGCAGAUCAUAAGGAUCUACAUCCGCGAGGAUGGGCGGCUGGUCAUCGAGUUUAAAACGCAUGCUAAAUUUAGAGGCCAGUUUGUCCCAGAACACCAUACGCUGCCUGGACACAAGUCCCACCUGCUGGCGCCGGACCACCUGGGAGGCAUCGAGUUCGAAAUCCAGUUGCUGUGGAGCGCCCAGACCUUUGACUCCCCCUACCAGCUAUGGAGAGCCACCAGCUCCUACAGCAGGAAGGAUUAUUCCGGAGAGUACACCGUCUUCUUGAUCCCGUGCACUGUCCAGCCCACUCAACCAUGGAUCGAUCCUGGGGACAAACCCCUGUCUUGCACGGCUCAUGCUCCAGAAAAGUUUCUGGUGCCUAUCGCUUUCCAGCAGACCAACCGUCCAGUCCCUGUGGUCUACUCGCUGAACACAGAGUUUCAGCUGUGUAACAACGAGAAGGUCUUCAUGAUGGACCCGGCCAGUACUGACGUCUCCAUGGCCGAGAUGGACUACAAGGGGGCCUUCUCCAUGGGUCAGACUCUGUACGGUCGUGUGCUUUGGAACCCGGAGCAGAAUCUGAACGCGGCCUACAAACUACAGCUAGAGAAGGUAUAUCUGUGCACCGGCAGGGACGGCUACGUUCCCUUCUUCGACCCGACGGGCACCCUGUACAACGAGGGUCCGCAGUAUGGCUGCAUCCAGCCCAACAAGCACCUCAAACAUCGCUUCCUGCUCCUGGAUCGCAAGCAGCCAGAUGUGUGUGACAAAUACUUUCACGACGUCCCCUUCGAGGCCAACUUUGCUUCGGACCUCCUGGAGUUGAACUCUGUGGCCGCCAUGCCAGGCGUGGACGGCUUUACCGUGAAGGUCGACGCUCUGUACAAGGUGGAGGCGGGACACCAGUGGUACCUGCAGGUGAUCUACGUCAUCAGUCCGGAGUCGCGGUCCAGCCUCAGGAUUGAGCGCUCGCUAACUUACCAGCUGAGCCGCCCCAAGAGGGACCUGGUGGACCACAGCGGGCGGCUGACCUUGGAUGAGUCGCUCAUCUACGACAACGAGGGCGACCAGGUGAAGAACGGCACCAACAUCAAGGCCCUGCGCCUGGAGAGCGGGCCCAGCGGAACUUUCCACGCCCAGGUGGGCCGCUCUGUUGGCGGAGGGGUGGCCGUCCUGGCCCUCCUGCUCCUGGUCGGGCUGGCAACCUGCCUGCUGUUCCGACGAUGCCACCGUCAGGCUAAAGCGCCGGGCAAGAAGGCAUACGAGGAGUACCCGCUGAACACCAAGGUGGAGGUCUGCCUGGACAAGUGCGUGGAGAAGAACUUUAGCAGCAAGCACUGCACCGUCACCAACGUCAACGUGUUCAACCGCAACCAGGAACCCGGCGGCAACAAGGCCAAGGUCAAGCAAGUCAACCUGGAAGUCAAACUCCACAACAACCUUAACGACGGCACUGAGGUCUGAAACCACAUAGAUUUUUGGGUGUUUUUUUUAAAGCUAUUUUCUUACGGGAAUGACAUAUUUGCUAAUGUAUUUUUGUACCACUUUGAAAAGGGAAAAGGUGCGACAUGUUUGUUUGUUUUUUUUUUUUUUUUUUUGCUCAUUCAACUGGGCUACCUCACACAUCCACAAAGCACUCGAAAGCUGAUGUCGUCAUUUAUGGACCUGUUGGCUGGGUCCACACUAAGAUGGCUAUUUUCUUUUUUUUUUAAAACGUCCUUUGUAGCUUAGCCUAGUUGGAUGCUUAAUGCAAAAUUUGUGUUUAUUUGAAUCAUGUUGACAGAGGUAAUUUCAUGACAACAUUUCAGCACGCUAGGUGGCUUGCAUCGUGAUAUUAAAAUGACCAUUUUUUUUCAUGUAAAAUUACAACAUUUUUGAGUAAAAAUGUCAAAUUAUUUCUCAUAAAAAUUGCAUCCAAUGUCUUUCAACUUAAAACUGAAAUGUGUGUUCAUGCCAGUGGCAUGGUUAACUUGCACAUCUGUGAAGGCGUCAUUAAUGCUGAAAGGUACAUUGAGGUUUUGUAGCAACAUAUGCUGCCUUAGGGAUUGUCAAAAUCGCUACAUAAUUUUUCAUAAAAUUACAACUUUUUUCACAUGGAAAUAAGAUUAUCAUAAAACAAGAAAAUAUUCUGAAAAUCUGUGAUUGGCUGGUGACCAGUUCAGGGUGUACCCCGCCUCUCCCCCGAAGACGCCAACGACCCUAGUAAGGAUAAACGGUAUGGAAAAUGGAUGGAUGGAUGGAUAAUUCUGAAAAUAUCAGCUUUUUUCGGGUAAAGUUGUACAUUUUUUUUCUUAAACUUAUACUAUUUCCGUUUACUAUUUUAAAAAUCGUGAAAUUUCAUCUUUUACGUGCAAAUCCCAAUUCCAGUGAAAUUGGGACAUUUUGUAAAACGUCAAUAAAAACAGAAUACAAUGAUUUGCUAAUGCUUUUCAACCUACAAUUGAACACACUACGAAGGCAAGAUAUUUAAUGUUCAAUCUGAGGAGUGUUGCAUUUUAUUGCCAAUAUUCUCUCAUUUUGAAUUUGAUGUCAGCAGCACAUUCCAAAAAAAAAGACUGGGAAAGUUGAGGAAUGCUCAAAAAACACCUGGAACAUUCCACAGGUGAACAGGUUCAUUGGAAAGAGGUGAGUGUUCUGAUUGGGUAUAAAAGGAGCAUCGCUGAAAGGCUCACUUGUUCACAAGCAAAGAUGGGGGAAGGUUUACUACUUUGUGAACAACUGCAUGAGCACAUAGUCCAACAGUUUAAGAACAGGAUUUCUCAACGUACUAUUGCAUGGAAUUUAGGGACUUCAUCAUCUAGAGUCCAUAACGGCAUCAAAAGAUUUAGAGAAUCUGGAGAAACUUCUGCACGAUAGGCGGCAAGGCCGAAAACCAACACCACUGUAUUAAAAACUGGCAUCAUUGUGUCAAGGAUGUUGCCACGUUGGCUCAGGAACACUUCAGAAAACCAUUGUCAGUUAACACUGACAUCAACAUCUACAAAUGCAAGUUAAAACUACAAUGCAACACAAAAGCCAUUAUCAACAGGACAUAGAAACGCCGUGGGCUUCUCUUGACCUGAACUCAUCUGAGAUGGACUGACGCAAAAUGAAAAAGUGUGCUGUGGUCUGAUGAGUCCAUAUUGUUUUUUAAUUUGAGGACUCAUGGACAUCGUGUCCUCCGGGCCAAAGAGGAAAAGGACCAUCCGGAUUUGUAUCAGCGCAAAGUUCAAUAGCCAGCAUCUGAAGACGGUAUGUGUGUUAGUGCCAGUGGCAUGGUUAACUUGCACAUCUGAGAAGGCGUCAUUAAUGCUGAGAGGUACAUUGAGGUUUUGUAGCAACAUAUGCUGCCUUCCAAGCAACGUCUUUUUCAGGAACGUCCCUUGCUUAUUCCAGCAAGACAAUGCCAGCGUGGCUGCGUUGGAAAAGAGUGCGAGUACUAGACUGGUCUUCCAGAAGUCCGGACCUGUCUCCCAUUGAAAAUAUGUGGCUCAUUAUGGAGCGUAAAAUAUGACAAUGGAGACCCCAGACUUUAGAAACCGAAGUUGUACAUCCUGCAACAAUGGGAAAUAGUUCCACCUACAAAGCUUCAACAAUUAGUGCUCUCAGUUCCCAAACGUUUUCCAGCUUUUUGGGAACGUGUUGCAGGCAUCCAAUUCUAAAUGAGUGAAUAGUUGCAAAUAAAUAAAGUUGAUCAGUUUGAACAUUAAAUAUCAUGUCUUUGUAGUGUAUUCAAUUGAAUAUACGAAGGUUGAAAAGGAUUUUCAAAUCGUAUUGUUUUUAUUUACAUUUUAUACGUCUCAAUUUUGUCGGACUUGGGGUUUGUUCUAGAUAGUGCAUGCUUGCUGCAAAAUUUUUCUCUGGCAAAUUACAAAUGUUUUUGUUUCAAUAUUCAGAAAUGUGUUUGUGAAAUGUUAACUUCUCUUCAUAGAAUUACAACUUUUUUCUCAUAAAAAAAGGAACAUCUCAUUUAAAAUUACUAUUUUUCUCGGGUUACAGCACCGCAUGUUGCUUUUGGCACACACUUGACAGCCUGUCGGUGUGUUUUUUGUUUGUUUUGUUUUUAAUCGAAACAGUUUUUUCUUUUUAAUUAAAAAAUAUAUAUAUC